ACAUUUCCAUGUUAUAAAUAAUUCAAUAAUUCAAUAAAUUUCAAAAUCCAAUCCAAAAAUCAAAAAUUGAAAACAAGUAUCACAAGAAUUCCUUUAAGUAAGUACAUUGACCUGAUCACAUUUCCAUGUUAUAAAUAAUUCAAUAAUUCAAUAAAUUUCAAAAUCCAAUCCAAAAAUCAAAAAUUGAAAACAAGUAUCACAAGAAUUCCUUUAAUGAUCUGAUGACAAAUAUAAGUAAACUCACAUCUGCAUAGCAGUGAAAUUACCCCUACUUACACAAAAAUCUGUGAAUUUUUCAAAGGAAUAUGUACUCGAAUGAUGCUUUUAUUGAAACUCUAUGAACAAUUUCUAUGUAAGUAUUAUCUAUAUUUUGUAUUUAGAAACAUAAUCACAAGCUCUGGAUCUAGAAUACAUUGGUAAUGGUAAAAAUAAUACAAUUUACACAUACUGUCAAACACUGUUGUGUCGAGGUUGAAGGGACAUCCGUAAAUACUUCGAGUUAUGCGAGGUUUGACACAACCAAAAAUGUUGAAUACAGAAGGAAGGAAUAUGCAGGGACCAACCUUUUACUUCGAGACAACCAUAAGUUCGACACAUCAAAUUUCAACACAGCGGUGUUUGACUGUAUAUCGAAUUACACAGACCUGAGACAGAUACUGAAACAAAACUGUUGAAAAUUCAUUCUUUAAAGCAUAAAAUGGUUCUCCAUAUUAUUAAACAUACUUAAUUGUCCAAAAAGACAAAGGGAUUGGUCACAAGUGCAACACUUAUUACCGCCUUCUCCAUAUGCAUGAUAUGAAUACAAAAUGUUCCUGUUAAUUCAACCUUGAAGCAGCCAACCCAGGGGCUUUUAACAGGCUAAAAGGACAAUCAUUGCCAUGCACAAAAACACUGACAUUUGCAACAGAAAGCUGAUCUGCUCUGAACAAUGACAAUUACAAGGAAUAAAUUAUUAAAGGCAACGGCUUGUUCUUCGGAUCAUCUCUGCAGCUGCUGCUGUAAGAUACUUUGUUGGUUGUCUCGGGAGAUGUGCUGUAUUCAUAGUCUGUCUGACACUGAACCGGUUGUUAGCAAACACACAUCUAGCAAUAAACAGUCCUGCCGUACCUAUGAAUGAACUCAGAUGGUUUCAUUCCUGUCUCUUAGAUCAUCUUUAUAACCAUUUCCUUUACUGCAGCAGCCACAUCUUGCAUUAUGACAGCACACAAAGGGGAAGGAUCGCAUGCGGAGGUUUGUGGACACUAUUGCCAGUAAAGACGAUGCAGCAUUUGAUGCCCUUGUGAAGGCGCUACGUCGAGACCACCGCAGACUGGCUACCAGACUCGUACAGGGGGUCAAAGACGAAGACAUGAGGCUCAAGCAAGCUGGGGAUGGAGUGAAGCAGAAGAUUGCUUUGGCGCUUCUUACUACAAGAAUUUCGGAGAGACAGAAGGAGACAAUCAUCUCUAAUGUCUCGGAUGUGGUAGAUUCCGAGCUGCACAGCAAGGCACUGCGUGUGAGCAUUCCUGACCACAGAGCUAGUGCAGAGCUGGACCAAAUCAACACAAAACUCAAAAGAAUUAUCAAUACUGAGGUGGACCCACUUCUGUAUGGACCAGGCUACAGGACAGACCUGAGCCAACAAGAAGCUGAUGAGGUGAUAUCCAAGCUACAAAGCAUGCUCGUAGAGCUGAAUGUCAUUCAGGACUGUUACAGUGCACUGGGUGUGCAUGCUUUUUCUGGAUCUGGGAAGGCUCUACCCAACAUUCUCUGUCAAAGGAUAGAGGAAACAAAAACAUCCAUUGGCAUCCUCCAGAAAGAGAAAAAAGACCUCAGUAAAGAAAAAGCCGAUUUGACCAAAGAGAAGAGUCUGCAGGGAAAAGAUGUUGGAACUUUGGAAUCACGUAAUCGCAGUCUGGAGCUUCAUAACCGGAACCUAGAAGGAGAGUGUGGCAAACUUGAUCAGGCUGUUAAGAAACUGACAUCAGUUAAGGACAGUCUGGAGAUUGAGAAACGAAAACUUCAAGAUGAGAAUUCCAAACUGAUAACUGCAAACCAAAGUUUUCAAACUGAGACAUGGAAUCUAGGCCUGAACUUCAAGAGGGCAGAUGAGCUGAAUCAGAAACUGACACGGGAGAACCAGAAACUGUCCUCCAAGAACAGCCUGAUAAAGAGGGAGUCCUACGGUCCCAGCUCCUCCAGUUCCCUGAAGGCAGACAAUAAGAUGCUAGUGGAAGAAAAGAUGAGGCUGAGGGCGGAGAUGGGCAAGUUGGAGGGGGAGAGGAGGCAACUGCUGAUUAGGAACCAGAAGCUGGAUUCAGAGAAUGACAACCUUCGGGAUCAGAAGAGGAAGCUGAUGAUUGACAAGCGUAAAUACUGGGGAGAGAACCAACAGCUGAAAACUGAGGCAAAACGUCUUGCAAUUGGUAAUGUCCAACCAGUACUGUUGCCUCCAAUUGCUGAGGUCCGGGGGAGUAAAGGAAGUUUGAUGGGCUCAAGCCAGCAGUCGGGUCACAAUGGCCCAGAUCGUCACAGCAGACGUACAAGCAACAACAGCCCAACUCGUGGCACAUCCACCAACCUUGGAGUUGGAAUCCCUGGUCGGAAAUCUGUCAACAGCAACACCUUCACAAGCCCUCAAACUGGCUCAAGGAAGACAACAACCUUUAGUUCAUCUCCAGGCAAAUCACAACAAAAUCACCCAAAGUAUCGAGCAUCUGUCUAUGACUACAGACCACAGAACAAAUCUGUUCAGUUCAACACUUCACCUACACCACGAUAUGGCAAUAAGGCAUAAUCUGCUCUAAAUAGCAUCUACAUAAUCCAGGACACAUGUCACGUAGACACUUAGAAAGGAAACAUCUGUGCAGCAAACAUUACAAGAACUUCCUUUUCUUGACCAAAAUUAGAAUUGGUUAGACAUGUACAAAGGUUUCUCAAGACAGUCAGGAAGAAACAAAGAGGCAUUAUUCCAGGGUUAGAACUAAACUCAAAAGCUUUACUAGCCCAGAUAAAGAUACCAGCCCUUGUUAUGUUAAAACAAAGGGGAAAUUAGGAAAUUUCGAUGAACCCAAAGGAAUUUGUAAUUGCUUAGUCACUGCCUUAAAAACUAAUAUGUUCAUUUGCUGGGCUUACUUCCUCUGUGGCAUUAAAGUCAUGAUGUGCAAGUAGGCAAUGACUUCUGGCAGUCUGUAUUGUACAACCUUUAGUACUCAACGAAAGCCAUCACUGAACUUUCUCAUACCGUUUGUUGUACAGUCAUGUGUAGUCCUGCCAAAUGCACCUUAUACCUCACGUGUUAAUAGAAGACUCACAAUUGCAAUACAAUCUGUUACAUAAGGAAUAUUUUGUGGAACGUUGGCAUGGCCUUGUGGUUAUAGCAUUCACUCACUCACUCACUCACCUGCAUUUACACACACACACUCUCUCGCACACACACACACAC